AUGGUUACCACCACCACAAUCUGGGCUCUUGCCGCAGCCUUGGCUGGAACUUCAUCCGCCCUUGGUAUCAACUGCCGUGGCAGCGGCCUCUGCGCCAGCAACAAGGGCAUCUUGGGCCAAGCUCAAGGCCAGCUUCGCGGCUUAGAUCAGAACAAGCAGUUCUCCGACGGCGAGCACAUCACCUGCGUCAAGUCGUCCGUCACCAUCGGCAACCCAUCCCUCUGCCUGUUCUACCAAAACACAGGACGUAAAUGGACAGUAGCCCAAACCCUCACAUUCACCCAGCAAAUCAUUGACCACGGGUGCGCUGCGUGUGGUAGCGUUCCCACCGACCCCGGAAACGAUGUCAAGAACGGCCAACUUACCGCCAAUAUGGUGACGAACGCCCGUCGUGGUCUCGACAUGGCUAACAAGGUUGCCAAGCGCGAGGAGGUCCGCGAGAAGAGAGAGCCUGAGCCUGUGACGGCUGCUGAAGACUCAUUUGCUGUGCUUGAGCGUCGUCUGGGAAUCAACUGUCGCGGUAGCUCGACAUGCGGUGUCGGCGGUAUUGGACACAGCCCUGCCGGUACGCUGGAGAAGGUUCGUGAUGCUGUUGCUGCUGGCCCUGAUGGAAGCUGGACCAAUGGACAGCACAUUGCUUGCGUGGCCCAUGUUACGGGUCAAUUGUGUGCGUUUUACCAGAAUAUUGGGGGUCGGUCGUUUAACAAGCAGCAGAGUGUUACUUUCCUGGACCAGCUGAGGGAUCACGGGUGCAAGAACUGCGGUAGCAUUCCGACUGAUCCUGGAAACAACGUUGGAAAUGGACAGUUGACUGUCAACUUUGUUGCCGGUUAG